AUGGCGCUUCCACCAGAGCAGAUCAAUAUCAAGCGCAGACGCGAGGAAGAGCCCGUGGAAACCCUCUAUAUCCAAUCGGCACUCCACCAAACCAAAAGACGAUUCACAGACUUUGUCUUCCACAGAGUAACACUGAAAGCCAGCGAAAGCUCAGAUGCAUCUUCAAGUCCGCCAUCAACAGCGCACCCAGCAGCGCACCGUCUCCUACGCAGCCCGCGCUCAGUAAGCAGUCUACAUGUAAACCGCCGCCCACCGGCAUCGUCAAACGGAAUCGGCAUUGGCAAUGGCGUGCCCACAGUCCGAGCAACCUCACCAGGCGCCGAAAUCCGCGAGGCGCAGCGCCUCGCAGCUGCGCGCAAAGAGCUUGAGGAAAAACGCCGCCACCUCAUUUACUCGGGCCAAGCUCCGCCUUCGCCAGGACAGCCCAGCCCUGCAGCUGCAGAUGCAGUAACCGCUAGAUCUGGAUCCGGGUCUCGAUCCAGACCCAGUACCUCGGACUCGGCAUCGGCAUCGGCAUCGGCAAAAGGUGAAUCCAAACAAGCAUCCCGAAACGCAUCACCUAGCCGCACCCAGUCCCUCCGCCGCUUCCAGAUUUCGCGAUCAAAUCUUGGUUCUUUGCGCAGCCCUGGCGGAGUCCAGAAACGCCGUAUUGAUGGACCCGCGCCAGGAGUUGCUGUGCUAGUCGAGCAGUUGCAUCGGCGCACGCAUUCACGCAAGACCUCCAUGGUCUCUGAUAUGGUUGCGCAGGCGCAGCUUGGGGAUCGCGGGAUCUCGCUUCCGCCGAAGGAGAUCGUGGAGGGUUCGGCUCCGGCGUCGCCUGUCAAGCCGCGGAAGCGACCUGUUGUUAAUCAGGCUGAGCGGCGGUGGAGAGAGCAGCGGAAGGGGUCGAUUUCUGCGGCAAAGGAUCGCCUGAGUGAGACUGUUGAGAAAUCUGCGCAGAUGACACCCCAGAGUAACUGGGAGGAGGAGUCUGAGCGGCUUGCUAGGGACUUUGAGCAGGUUGCUCUCGAGCUUCAAGGUGAUGACGAUGAGCAAGAGCAUGAUAUGAAUCUUGAUGCGCGACUUGCUGAAAAUGCAAAUGUGAAUGUGUCGGCUCCUUCGAUUGUUCGGCCUGUGAGCUCUGCGCCUAAGUCGCCAUUGAAAUAUCAGCCGAGGCUGCCAAAGGAACCUAGGAUCGCUCCUGUUCAGCCUCAGUCUCAGGCAGAGUCUCCACUGAAGAAUGAGGAGGCUGUGGAUGAUGCGCCUGAGCCGGAAGAUGAUGAUGGCGACUAUGUCUACGAUGUUUACAUUCGGCGCCCGCUAUCGGAGAGCGAGAUGCUCCGGAAUCCUCUUUCUGAGUAUGAAUCCGAGCAGCAACAGAAGAAUGCUCCCAAGGCUCAACCUGGUGUUGGUGUUAUUGUUAUCACCGAAGAGGAUGAGCAGUACUGGGAGCAUUUCGUCGAGGAUGAUGAAGAGGAGUGGGAUAGUGAGGAUGCGGAUUCGAAUGCCGAGAACAAUCCUGCUAAUGACUACCCCGACGAGGAGAUAUCCUCUGACGAUGAUGGCUUUGAUUUUGACGACUCUGCCAGUGAGGACGGUUUUAACUCUGGUUACGGAUAUAACUCACGCUAUGGUGGCCAGGGUUCGGACUCUGAUGAUUACUGA